GUCUGCAUUCCCACCAGCAGUGUAUAGGGUUUCCUCCUUCUGAUUUCUGACUCUUGUGUAUGACCUGUGUGGGGUUUUUUUUUUCUGUCCUAUCCAGAAACUUAUAAAAUUUUAAUUUUUUUCUCUAGUUUUUUGAAAUUUCAUGACAAUAUGCUUUGGUAUGAGUCUAUUCCUCCUCAAUUCAUUCUAUGUGUAACUUCUAUUGCAUAACUGUUGGACCUUCUGGCCAGUAAUUUUCUUAUGUGUUCGCUCCUACCAUCUCUUUUUCUUUUUACUAUAGUUUCAGGGGGAUUUCCUCAACUAAGGAAACCACCUCCCCCUUGGCUGAGGGACUCCACAAACAAAAUGGCCCAUCCCUCUGCUCCUGUACCGAAUGAAAAACCUGGAGCUUUCCAGGGCCAGUGAGGGGGCUGGCGGCAAUGCCCAAUGGCAGGAGAACCCUCCUUUCCCUUGGCAGGGAGGGCUACCCACAAGAGACAGAGGGAACCUAGGGAAGGGGGAGCUCUGGGCCAUCCUCUCCCAACCAAUCAUGGCUGAGGAAGAGGAGAGCCAAUGGGGGGGCAACAAAAAGGGCAGUCAAUCCUUCAUGGCUUAUGCCCUGCCAGGAGAUCACUGAGUUAUGGCCUUGAUCACUGCCAGUGAGGAUGUUCCUCUGCCUGAUUCCUUUGGAAAGCCCAGAUAGGAAUAUUGGUGCUCUCCCCUUCCUCCAGGAUUGACCUGAGAACCACAGGGGGCAUCCUGGGUGAUGGUUGUGAGGAAAGCAGGGGGUGAAAAACCCCCUACGGUGCUGUAGAUUGGAUGGGGGCACUGCACAGAUUCUCCCCACAUCUCCAAACACACACACACACAGAAGGGCAGGGCUGUUGGCUGCUGUAGCCCGGAAUCUUGAACCUUUCCUGCGUCCCACAUCCAUGGGAGUCACCGACGAUCAGUAUGUUAGCACUGUUCUGAGGCAAUCCUGCCUCACCCGUAGGAACAAUCUGCUGUGAGUCAGGGAACAACCGGCUGAUCGAGCACGGAGGUGGGGGUGGAGGAAGAAAUUGGGGAGGGUGCUUUUGGGAAGGGCAAUUAGCCAUGGGCCUUGAAGUUCCUGUACAUUCAUACUGAGCAUGUCAUGUAUGCAAAACCCCGUGUGAUUUUAACCAGGCUUAUGACAGCUGACUAUAAAAGCGUGCAUUCCUCAAGCUCAGUGUUCUUUGAUUGUACUGCAAGCCUCCUGCCUGUAGAGCAUCCACCUGGAUUCUUUGAAGUUACUGCCUGGGAGUUAGGGGUUCAGGACAACCCUGGCCAAUAUGCUGCUCAUGCUGCUUGCUGUGCCACGAUCACCAGUCCUUCGUCUCGCUCUCCUGUAUUCUGCCAGCAUCCACAAAACAAAUGUGUGGCAGAUUCCUGAGGCGGCUGAUGGCUGAGGAGAGCUGGCACUCCACCCCCGUGGGGCGCCUCAUCCUUCCGGUGCUCCUGGGAUUCCGCCUCAUACUGCUGGCUACCAGUGGGACGGGGGUCUAUGGCGAUGAGCAGAGUGAAUUUGUGUGUCACACCCAGCAGCCAGGCUGCAAGGUUGCCUGCUACGAUGCCUUCCACCCCCUCUCUCCACUGCGUUUCUGGGCCUUCCAGGUCAUGUUGGUGGCUGUGCCCAGUGUCCUCUACAUGGGUUUCACCAUGUAUCAUGGCAUCUGGCAUUGGGAAGACUCAAGAAAAGUGAAGAAGGAGGAGGAGACCCUGAUCAGACAAGGACAGGGCAGCACAGAUGUCUCAGGGCCUGAAAGCCCCAAGCUGCUCUGGGCCUAUGUGGCACAGCUGGGGGUGCGACUGGUCCUUGAGGGGGCAGCCUUGGGAGGGCAGUACCAUCUGUAUGGGUUCAAGAUGCCCAGCUCCUUUUCAUGUCGUCGAGAGCCUUGCCUCGGUAGUAUAACCUGCCACGUGCCCCGCCCCUCUGAGAAGACCAUCUUCCUAAAGACCAUGUUUGGGCUCAGUGGGCUCUGUCUCUUCUUUACUCUUUUGGAGCUGGUGCUCCUGGGCCUGGGGAGAUUGUGGCAGACCUGGAAGCAAAAAUCUUCCUCUUCUAACUACUUCACAACUUCCGAGACCACCAGAAAACACAAGGAACCAAACGAUAACUUCCCAGUGGUGGAAUCAAAAGAACAGUUCCGAGUAGCAGAGUUAUAAAAACACCUGGCUCCACUCUGAAGGAUACCCCAUGACUGGAUCUUCUCCCCAACAUCCAGUGAGUGGGGAUACAUCUCCGUGACAAGUUAGAGGCUGUCGCCAUGCUGCCUAAAGCAUUUCCUUGACGAACUCCUGCUUGUGCCUUCUUCCCAGAAUUUUCUGGUGUCAGCAUCACAAUUUUCAUGGACUUUGUUUGAAUAAGUCAGCAGAAACCUCCAUAAAAUCAAGCCUCACCCUUGUCCUGUGCAAUAAAGAUUGACUACUGUUGGUGGCAUUCUUGUUACUAAAGACAA